CUUACUCUCUUCCAAAGAGAGUCAGUUUUACCACCUGAUCCAGUUACCAGCAUACCUGCUGUUAAGGCUUUCUUUUACUGCUUAUAUACCAGCAUUUUCGUGAUAGGGAUAUGUGGAAACGUAUUGGUAUGUUACGUCGUAUUUAGAAAUAAGUCUAUGCAUACCGUUACGAACAUUUUUAUAGCUAAUUUAGCAUUAUCUGACAUACUACUUUGCACUUUCGCAGUCCCAUUCACACCACUCUACUUAUUUAUGCAUGAAUGGAUAUUUGGCGCAGUAUUGUGCCACCUCGUCCCAUAUGCUCAAGGUGUUAGCGUAUACAUAUCUGCCUUCACACUGAUGUCCAUAGCGAUUGAUCGUUUUUUUGUAAUAAUUCACCCCUUCAAACCCCGCCUUAAAUUGAAAUACAGUUUACUCAUUGUUAUGGUUAUAUGGAUAGCGGCUGGUUUGCUUACUUUACCAUAUGGUAUUUUUAUGGACCUUGUUCCAGCAGGGGACGGAAGGCCAUACUGCGACGAAGGAUGGCCAUAUGAUUCUUUCCGCAAAGUAUUUGGCUGCACCACUUCAGUCUUGCAAUUUGUCGUACCAUUUCUGAUCAUUACAUUCUGUUACGUUAGAGUAUGCUGCAAACUAAGAGACAGAGCGAGAUACAAACCCGGAAAUAAUUCUCAGAAGAAAAUGGAGUUGGAAUGGGAGCGCACUAGACGACUCAACAGAAUGCUCAUUGCGAUGGUUUUAAUUUUUGGCUUCUCAUGGUUUCCAUUAAACGUGCAUAACCUCAUAGUUGAUUUUUAUAUACCUGCAAGUACAUGGGAUUAUUUGAACGGAUUUUUUUUCUUAUCGCAUGCUAUUGCAAUGAGCUCCACAUGUUACAACCCUUUUCUUUAUGCAUGGCUGAAUGAAAAUUUUCGUAAAGAAUUUAAGACAGUCCUGCCUUGCGUCGGAGCGCUGAUAGCUGGGAAUCCGAGGAGUUCCUAUAGUCUACGAACUUUAAACAUAUCCUUGCAUUGA